AUGCUUCGUUAUAGUCACUGCAAGAGAAGUUUGAACCAUCCUGUUCUCUUUCGCAGUAUUUUGGGGUCAGUUGAGCGGCCACGUAAUAAUAGUGUUGCGUCCACAGGCAUUGUUAAGAACCGAAUUCGCAAAAAAGAUUCUGGAAACGCUCGUUAUAAUAACCUUGACCUAGGUGGACACCAAAACAACAAUCAAUCCAGGAAUAGAUUUUCAUAUAAACAUGAAUACAACUGGAGGGAUAUACGGCAUCGGAAAAACAAUGAUGAAGGUUAUCAGAAACUGAAAGAAAAAGAAAAAGAAAGGCCGCGUAAGCCUACCGCAACAAAUUCCAAUUUUACACCAGUUGAUCUACAGACCGAUAAACGAGUUGAAGAAUUUAAUACGACAUGCAAGCAAGUUUUUGAUAAAGUCAACAAAGAUAUAGAGCUCGAACAAAAGAUUUUACAAUCGUCACCACAAUCUACUGCACGGAAAGAAGCUUUUGACCUGUUAAUCAAUAAGGUCCAAGUGGCUUUAAAGAAUACGGCGAUAGUAAAUCAAAUCCCCGUAUGGAAUCUUGUGCGCCAUGUUAAGGAGGAAAUGUCGCACGAUUUAAAAAAGGUGAUUGAUGAGUUUAUCAAGGAUAUGAAUGCAUCUAGCAGAGCUUAUAUUGUGUAUGAAAAUGACGAUUCUGCUUAUGCCAGUUAUGUUGAGAACCCUCCCGUGAUACCCGAACUGGGGAAAAUUCUUGCUUUAAUAGACAAUAUCCCCCAAGAUGCAUCGCUCGACCACGUUAAAACAAUUUUUCAGCAGACUCUUUAUUUAGUAUCUGGCUCAUUUUUGAGAUACUUUCGAGCCAAGCUCAAGGUGGAGUUUUCGUCCGAUUCCAAGACCAACAAUUUAGUCUCCAUUGACAUGACCAACCCAGGUGAGUGGUACCCUGCUGCGCGUGCCAUACGACGAAACGUCAUUUUACACAUUGGCCCAACAAAUAGUGGUAAAACAUAUUCUGCCCUUAAAGCGUUACAGGGUGCUAAAAGUGGGUAUUAUGCCGGUCCCUUGAGAUUGCUUGCACGUGAAGUUUAUAAUCGGUUCAAAGCAGCUGGGCAAGCUUGCAACUUGGUUACUGGUGAGGAAGUGAUUGAAGACUACGAUCAAUUUGGUGUUCCGGUAAAGAUAUCUUGUGGCACUAUCGAAAUGGUGGACGUGAAUAGACCCAUGGAUGUUGCGGUCAUUGAUGAAAUCCAAAUGAUUGAAGACGGUCAACGUGGAUGGGCUUGGACACAAGCGUUUUUGGGCGUUCAAGCUAAAGAAGUGCAUUUGUGUGGUGAUCCAUCUUCUGAGUCAAUCAUUAGACGUCUAGUUGCACGGACGGGCGACAACUUAGAGGUUCGACGGUACCAGCGAUUGUCACCACUUUAUGUCGAAAAGCAUCCCAUGAAGGAAAAUCUUAAAUCCCUUCAACCGGGUGACUGCAUUGUGGCAUUUUCCAAGAGACAGCUCAUGGAUUGGAAAGCCAAUGUAGAAAAAAAGACCAAGAAUUAUUGUGCCAUUAUCUAUGGUGCUUUGCCGCCGGAGUCGCGUUCGCACCAGGCUGAGUUGUUUAAUGAAAAGGGCAGCGGAUACAAUUACUUGGUUGCUUCAGACGCCGUAGGUAUGGGUUUGAAUUUAAGUAUUCGACGAAUCAUUUUUUUGACUACUAUGAAAUUCAAUGGUACCACCAACAAAGAAAUUUCCAUAUCGCAGAUAAAGCAGAUUGCAGGUCGUGCGGGGAGAUUCCGUGUGGCUCCGUCUAAAAACACUUCUUCCCAGAACAAUAUUGAAAAAGAAGAAGAUGUUGUGGGCAGUGUUACGGCUUUUUCUUCAAAAGACUUGUCUUGUAUUCGCAAGGCCUUAGCAUCAGAAACACCAAAAAUUAAAAGAGGUGGAUUAUUCCCAUCUGAAUAUUUGUUCCGACAAUACGCUUUGCCCCUGUAUUCAGAUCAUUCUUUUGACAAUGUUUUGCGACGCAUGGACGUUGCUAGCGAGCUUGGUACUUCAUAUUUCCUGUGUGGUGUUGAUAACAUGGUGCUAACUGCAGAGGUGUUUCGAUCUGUGAAAAAGUUGACAUUAAAUGAGAAACUUGUUUUUGCAAAAGCCCCCCUGAAACUACGGAUCCCCCAAUGCGUUCAAGCAUUCCAGAGGUUAUGCUCUGUUGUUUCCAAUAAUAGGUCUGUCACGGUGCUGGACAUUCCUGACAUUCAGAUUCAAGUUCUUAGUAAAACUGGACCCUUUAAUGAUAAAGAUAUUGAGACCUUGGAAGCAACACAUAAUUGUUUGGUUCUUUAUCUGUGGCUUUCUUAUAGGUUCCCUAUGAACUUUACCGACCGCCAGGGUGCUUUUGAGCUCAAGGCUUUAUGCGAAAAGCUUAUUGAUCAAGCUCUGAUGGAUACGCGGUCUAAGAGAUUAGAUCGAUGGCUCAAAAAAAAAAUGCGUGAAGACGUUGGUCUUUUUGCAGAAAAUUCUGUUGAACAAGUCAAGUUAGAGAAGAAUGAAGAGAGAAAUGAACAAGAUGAUGAGUACAAAGAGAGUCACAAACUAGAAAAUGUGGCCAAAGCUUUGUAA